UGGAGAAUGAAAUGAAUGUCCGAAACGGGACCCGACCCGACCCGACCCGACCCGCUGUCAGGCGUGGCGCGUGUUUCUGCAGGACAUGUCCGGAUUCCCCUGUGUGUCUGUGGCAGGUUUGUGCUGGCCGUGGGCAGCGCCGUGUUUGAUGCCAUGUUCAACGGGGGAAUGGCCACCACUUCAACGGAGAUCGAGCUGCCGGACGUCGAACCCGCCGCCUUCCUAGCGCUACUAAAGUUCCUGUACUCAGACGAGGUGCAGAUCGGGCCGGAGACGGUGAUGACAACACUCUACACGGCCAAGAAAUACGCCGUGCCGGCGCUGGAGACUCACUGUGUGGAGUUCCUGAAGAAGAACCUGCGCGCCGACAACGCCUUCAUGCUGCUCACGCAGGCCCGGCUGUUCGACGAGCCCCAGCUGGCCAGCCUGUGUCUGGAGAACAUUGACAAGAACACCGCCGACGCCAUCGCGGCUGAGGGCUUCACCGACAUCGACCUGGACACGCUGGUGGCGGUGCUGGAGCGGGACACGCUGGGCGUCCGGGAGGUGCGGCUGUUCGGGGCGGUGGUGCGCUGGGCCGAGGCGGAGGCCCAGCGGCAGCAGCUCCAGCCGACGCCGGAGAACAAGCGCCGCGUGCUCGGCAAGUCCCUCUCGCUCAUCCGCUUCCCGCUGAUGACCAUCGAGGAAUUCGCCGCCGGUCCGGCCCAGUCCGGCAUCCUGAUGGACCGGGAGGUGGUCAGCCUGUUCCUGCACUUCACGGUCAACCCCAAGCCGCGGGUGGACUUCAUCGACCGGCCGCGCUGCUGCCUGCGCGGGAAGGAGUGCAGCAUCACGCGCUUCGGCCAGGUGGAGAGCCGCUGGGGCUACAGCGGGACCAGCGACCGCAUCCGGUUCUCGGUGAAUCGCCGGAUAUUUGUCGUGGGAUUCGGGCUUUACGGAUCGAUCCACGGACCCACGGAUUACCAGGUCAACAUCCAGAUCAUCCACACGGACAGUAACACUGUCCUGGGUCAGAACGACACCGGGUUCAGCUGCGAUGGCUCGGCCAACACCUUCCGGGUCAUGUUCAAGGAGCCUGUCGAGAUCCUGCCCAACGUCAACUACACUGCCUGCGCCACGCUCAAGGGCCCGGACUCCCACUACGGCACCAAGGGGCUGCGGAAGGUGACCCACGAGUCGCCGUCGACCGGCACCAAGACCUGCUUCACGUUCUGCUACGCCGCAGGAAACAACAACGGCACCUCGGUGGAGGAUGGACAGCUGCCCGAGGUUAUCUUCUACACAUAGUGACCCCUGACCUCUGGGGUCACCUCUUUAACAAUGACCCCUGGCCUCUGAGGUCCUCACAAUGUAGUGACUCUUGACCUGUGAGGUGGUCACCUAGACACAAUGACUUUUGACCUCUGCAGGUUUAAUCUGUGCAAGACACACAUGAAUACAUGAUGACCUUUGACCUUAGAGGUCAUUUUCUCUGGCUAGAGUGGUGAGGGGUGGAGGGGGUGUGGGGUCACCGGUUACAGCUAAUACAGCUGCUGGGUGGAAGACUGAGGGGUUAUCUUCUUGCAGUUGUGACCUCUGGGGUUAGAGGUCAUCUAGAAACCCUGACUGACCGGCACAGACGUUGGAGUGAGGGUGAGGGGGGUCUGGGGACUCUCCUGUGAUCAUAGUGAACCCUGAAGGCUGCAGUCUUGCUGCUACUGCAGCCUCUCAAGUGAGCUGGUCACUCUGUCACUGUGUUGUUCUGCAUGUGACCGUCAGAGGGAAACUUGAGUUCAGCUGAGCCCCACCUGUGCAGUUACCCUAGAUCAUAGAGGGGGUCCCCUACUCCCCCUUGUCCUUGGCAUCUUGAGUUAACACAGGUGUUCAUUUUCACAGUUUUCUUUGCCUGAGCAUCUACACACACAGUGUGCCCUGGGGUGUGAAGACACUGGGCUUGAAAUUUUAAAAUCAGACCCACAGAUCCAGAACCUUAAUUUUUUUAAUGAAGUAAAAGGGUCCAUAGAACCCAUUCUACUCCUGCCUAGGGGUUUUGCCCGGGAGGAGGGCGGUCGGUUAUCUCAGUAGCAGAACAAGUGGGUCCAGCUCAGUCCCCAGCAGAGAGGCCCGUUGGCGCUGCUGGGGUUCGAGCCGAGGGGCGGUGGCCCAUGGGGGUUUUGUUGUCGUGAGCGCCCGGGGAGGGCCCGUGAAAUGAUCUGCUUCUGCCCCCAGCACAAGGGAGCAGGUGGGACGCUGGCCUGCAUGGCGCGGUGUGGAUCUGGCUGCUGGGCUCCGCUAGCCACACCCGUGUUCCGGUGAGCUCCUCUGCAAACGUGAGAGGGACAGAACUCCCCCCAGCCACCACAGGCUCCCGUGUUGUUUUCAGAGGGCCUCUGAAUGACUGAAUUGAAUGUGUCAGUUGCUUUAUUAAGGAAAGUUAACAUCCUCUCCAGAUCCCUUUCCUUGACUGUUUAAAAGCCUUCCGUCAAACCUGCAGGAUGGGCCUGGACUCCCCCACCACAGAGACUAAAACUACAUAAUGACAACGUACAUGAGCAGGCAGUUAAAUUAGCUGAGCUGGAUUCUGGUUUGUCUGGUGGGUGAGAGUUUUGGGGUAAGAGGAGCAGUCUUGCACACCUGUGCUGCAGGUAGCUCAGGUGUUGUUGUGCAUGCCAUGAUGAGGGAUUUAGAUACAUCUAUACUCUGCUUUAUGUGUACUACUCCAUUUUUAUGCAUCAAGCAGCCUUCUUGCGGAAGAAUAUUGAAUUCUCUUCAUUAGUACUUGAGAAUGUUUUUUUUUUUUUAGUCGAUCCAAAGCUCGCAGCUUAAUGGUAGAAACUGACAAUCUCACUUUCUCCUGAAUGUGUAAGAAAUGUUUGUGUGCUGUUUGAGUUAUGUAAUUGUCCUUUGUAAAUGCUUUAUGUGUGCUCAGUCAAAACUGUAAAUAUUCACUGCAAAUAUUAAAAAGUUACCUGGUGA